GCCUCCGUCCCGGCUGCGGCCCCUGCCGGUUACAUAACUCACCGCGAGGGGCCCCCGCAGUCCCGCGUCCCGCUUCCGAGAGCCCUCAGGAUGCGCUGAGCCCUGCGACGCCUCUGCUGCCGCCGGCUCCCGCCCGAGGUGUGAAUGACAGAAGUGGUGCCUUCCAGCGCUCUCAGCGAGGUCAGCCUGCGCCUCCUCUGCCACGAUGACAUAGACACUGUAAAGCGCCUGUGCGCUGACUGGUUCCCCAUCGAGUACCCAGACUCAUGGUAUCGUGAUAUCACAUCCAACAAAAAGUUCUUCUCUCUCGCUGCAACGUACAGAGGCGCCAUCGUGGGAAUGAUAGUAGCUGAAAUUAAGAACAGGACCAAAAUACACAAAGAGGACGGAGAUAUUCUAGCCUCCAGCUUCUCUGUUGACACACAAGUUGCAUAUAUUCUCAGUCUGGGAGUAGUAAAAGAAUUCAGAAAGCACGGCAUAGGUUCCCUUUUACUGGAAAGCUUAAAGGAUCACAUUUCAACCACUGCCCAGGACCACUGCAAAGCCAUCUACCUGCAUGUUCUCACUACCAACAACACAGCAAUAAACUUCUAUGAAAACAGAGACUUUAGGCAGCAUCACUAUCUGCCCUAUUAUUAUUCCAUUCGUGGGGUCCUCAAAGAUGGUUUCACCUAUGUCCUCUACAUCAAUGGUGGUCACCCUCCCUGGACUAUCUUAGACUAUAUCCAGCACCUGGGCUCAGCGCUAGCCAACCUGAGCCCCUGCUCCAUCCCACACAGAAUCUACCGCCAGGCCCACAGCCUGCUUUGCAGCUUUCUGCCAUGGUCCAGCAUAUCCACCAAGGGUGGCAUCGAGUACAGCCGCACUAUGUGAUACCACUGGGGCAGCCUCCACCAGGCCCCUGCCAUUGGCACCUUGUGGAGCCCACUUUCCCAUCCAUCUGACCUCUGUUCUCUGCAAGGAGCUGGCAGCCACCUACCAGCCUAUCGGUCUGCCCCAGCUGCAGGCCCGGUGCUACAUGGGCUCAGGAGCAGAGCGUGUGCCUGGUCUCUGAACAGGUCUACUCCCAGAAAAUCCACCCAGGCCUCAGCACUGCCACCUGUGUGCCUCCACAUAGCAUUCCCCUGCUGACACCUUGUGGAUGGCAGAGGACUUCAGAGCUGGAAGGGGAUGAAAGGAGCUGGGGACGGCAGAGCCCACCUGUAGUGUACCUACACCAGGGCCUGGUGCACGUCCACGCACGGAGCUGCCAGUGCUUGUGUUUGCGCAGAGUCCACAGGGAUCCUGGUGGCUGCUGCUUGGCAGGCUCCUUCCUGCUUCUGGAAGCCUCUCCCUCUGCUCAGAGCCGUGGUCCUGCCUCCAUGUGCUGGCACCAUCCCCGUGGCCUGCAGCGGUGGCUCCAUUCAGUGGAAAGGAGCUUCUCUUGCCAGGCCUCUCCUGCUCCACUUCCUGUUUCUUCAGCUCCUUCCUGCAAAGCAUACUGAACUUUCUGCUGUGGAGAAAGAGUGCUGUGGACACCCUUAGCCUGGAAGACACAGGAACCUGAGAACAAAGAGGGCAUGGUACAGGGAAUACUAGGCCUUUGUUCAGGACCACCCCAAAGAAGCCUGGAGGUGGGAGCAGCCCCUACCCCUGGAGUGGGGUGGGCAGAGUGGGGCUGAACCCCCAGGGCUCAGCCCUCACCAAGGACGGUUACAUGAUGGACAGUAGUUCCCUGAUCCUGAGUGAUCUCCUGCUGCGCAUUUCCUGCUGUCCAGAGGAAUCAUCUUGCCCAUUGGAUCUUGGUAUGCUCUGUACAGCUGAUCAGCCCUGGGAGCUCAGCCGAGGACUGGUGUCCACGAAGCUGCUGGGUUCCUCCCCUGCCCGUGCCUCUGUUAGCUGAAGCUCCAAGGCCUGGCCACGUGCAGACAGAAGGUUGGGCUCUGCAUUUGGCAUCUCUGCUGCCACAGAGGGCAGUCAGUGCCUAUGGGUCCUCAGCCUCUGAGGCAGAUGCUGUGUCCACACAGUGAAUCGAUUGUGCUUGCAGCAUAUGUCAUAAGCGUCCAGCAUUCCUCCCUGUGCCCAGAGUGCUCGCUGCCAAGAGUCCUGCCCCGCAUUGCUGCAGUGUCAGGAGAGUCUGUAGAACGUCCUCACAGCCCCUCAGUGGAAAGCUCUGCUGACAGGGCUUGACCCAGUGCUUCCCUCCCUCAGCAUCCUCUGGCUCAGCUCUUAGGCACUGGAGCCAGCUAAGGCUGCCUGGCUUCACAGAGGCAAAGGGCAGGCCUGGACAGGAAAAGCAUUCCCCUUCCUUAACAGAGUGGGUCAGCAAGAGGAUGGUGUCCUGCUGACUGGUGCCUGCUGUGUGCCGAGGCUCAGCCUUGUGUAUUCUCCCCUUUCAGUGUGUUGAUCAUGUGAUUUUUUUUUUUUUUUUCAUUUCUGUCCUAUGUGAUGAGGGAAGUCUUCCAGAAGAUUCUCCUUGUACAUUCACAAUCUAGCUCAGAGGUCUUGCUCUGCCUUUCCCUCCUCCUCCCCUGAUCACUGCAGCCCCCAGCCCAGUGUUGAAAAGAUUGUAGUGUUUCGUAUUAUUACAAAUAAAUAGGCUUUAACUAGUCUCA